AUGGAGAAGAAGGUGAAGGACUUUCUGGAGGUGAGCCGGUACGAGUCAGAGGCCGUCUCACAAAUCGUGGUUCCACCCCAGGAACCAGGCAACUCGAGCUUCUACGAGGAUUUCGCCCGAAGCGGCCUCCGAGUCGACCGAGUCGGACCCCAUGGACUCCUCGUCUGCACUCUCAAGGUUCCUCACCGCCUCACCGAUAGAGCUGGAAAUUUGGCAAAAGGAGCAAUUGCAAAUCUUGUUGAUGUGGUUGGUGGUUGUGUGAUAUAUGUUCAGGGCAAAAUGAAGCUUCACACAGAUUGGUAUGUUUCAGUAGACAUGUCCAUCUUCUAUAUGUCAACUGCAAAGCUUGAUGAUGAGCUAGAGAUCACCUCAAAAAGGUUAGGACAGAAAGGUGCAUAUUAUAGAGUGAUAGUGCUUCUGAGAAACAAAGCAACAGGGGAGAUUAUUGCUGAGGGCCGUCAUUCAAUGUUUCGUCCACAGCAUACUCCCAAACUCUAA